AUGAAUUUGACCCAUUCCGCUCGCCUAGCACGAUGCUCCUCAACUUUACAUUCCAAAGCCGCAACGGCUAGCAUACCUUUAGUACAAAACGAAAUGCCUGAUUGUGAUUAUCAGCCACCUCAGUAUCAGGGACCAAGUUAUGAAAAUAUUCAAGAACUGCGUAAAAAUCAUUUGACACCCAAUAUUCAGGCUUACUACAAGAAACCUUUGCUAAUACAUAGUGGUCAUAUGCAAUGGCUGUUCGAUCAUGAUGGUAGUCGUUAUUUGGAUAUGUUUGGUGGUAUUGUUACCGUUUCGGUGGGACAUUGUCAUCCUAAAGUCAACAAAGCGUUGGAGGCACAAAUUAAAAAUCUCUGGCACACCACCAACAUUUAUAUGCACCCCAAAAUCCAUGAAUAUGCGGCCCGUUUAACAGCCAAAUUCCCCGGUGAUUUAAAGGCCGUCUGUUUUGUUAACUCUGGAUCAGAGGCCAAUGAUAUGGCAAUGUUAAUGGCCCGUCUUCAUACCGGUAAUCAAGACAUACUUACCUUACGUAAUUGUUAUCACGGCAUGUCUCCCUAUACCAUGGGCUUGACGGCCCAUUCCACUUGGCGUUUCCCUUUGCCGGGUAUUUCGAAUGGUAUACAUCAUGUUAUGAAUCCAGAUCCAUAUCAGGGUAUAUGGGGUGGUGCACAUUGUCGCGAUUCACCCAUACAAACGGAUAGAAAGUGUGAUUGUACUUUAGAGGGUGGUUGCAAGGCUAGCGAUUUGUAUUAUAAAGAAUUGGAACAAACCUUCAAAUAUUCUUUGCCUAGAGGUAAAGUGGCGGCUAUGUUUGCCGAGUCUAUACAGGGUGUAGGUGGUACAGUACAAUUCCCUAAGGGUUAUAUAAAAAAGGCAGCUGAAUUGGUGAGAGCUAAUGGUGGUUUGUUUAUAUCCGAUGAAGUACAAACUGGGUUUGGACGUACCGGCGAACAUUUCUGGGGCUUUGAGGGACAUGGCAUAAUACCAGAUAUAGUAACAAUGGCUAAAGGCAUUGGUAAUGGUUUUCCUAUGGCUGCUGUGGUUACUACACCCGAAAUAGCCAAAUCUUUGGGCAUGGCUUUACAUUUCAAUACCUAUGGUGGCAAUCCUAUGGCCAGUGCUGUAGGUAUUUCUGUUUUGGAUGUUAUUGAAGAGGAACAGCUACAAAAGAAUUCCUUAGAAGUGGGCACUUAUUUCCUUAAAUGUUUAGCUGAUUUGAAAGAACGUUAUGAAAUCAUUGGUGAUGUUCGAGGCAAGGGUCUUAUGAUUGGCGUGGAAAUGGUAACAGAUCGUGAAACUAAAACCCCAUUAAGUGUGCCUCAUGUUUUAGAGAUUUGGGAAACUUGCAAAGAUAUGGGAGUGUUGUUUGGAAGAGGUGGUCUAAAUGGCAAUAGUUUACGCAUUAAACCUCCCAUGUGUAUUACUAAAUCGGAUGUUAAGUUUGCUGUGGAUGUUCUCUCUAGAGCUAUUACGGAAUUUAUGAAGAAAUAUGAAAAUUAAGUCGGCUCGAUAGAGUUUUAAUAAUUGGUUGAAAAAAAUAUUGGCUUAAAUAGUUUAGAGUUUAAAUGGUUGCCAAGGUUUUAGCAAAUCUUUCAUUUUAAGAUUUUGUACUUAUUGCAUUUAUAUACAUAUUUUAGCUAAAUAAUUUUUUUAGUUUUUAAGUUAUAAAAUAAUUUUUAAAUAAACAAUUUUUUCUUUGAGAUUAUGAAUAAAAGCUUACCUGUUUACACCGA